AUGGCCAUACACGUUGAAUACUUUGGUCCAGCUACAGAUGUUACCCACAAAAGAGACGAUUUAAUCACUAUGGAAUCUUAUCCUGUCUCAUUGAACAAGGUUUGGAGUUGGAUCAACGAAAAAUAUGGGACAGAAUUUGGUGAUUACAUUAUUACAGCAUGCAACAUUGCAUUAAAUACAGAGUAUAUUGAUUUCGAUAAGGAGAAGCCCACCUUAGCAUUUGAUCAAGUCCAGGUCAAAGACGGUGAUGAGGUGGUCAUCCUUCCUCCUGUUUCAUCAGGUUAA